AUGCGCCCUAGUCCUUCAGCUAAGGGGGCCAGCGCGCCAGUACAAGAGGUCCCUGAGACUGAAGAACAAAAACUCCUCCGUGCUUGGGUCGCGCUUCUGCAGGCGCUGGAUACUCAGGUGAAGAUCAUUCCUGAUGAUAGCCCUGAGCUCUUUGAGGAUAGGGAGAUAUGGACGCGUGGAUGGAGCAAGCUGCAGGCGCAGCUAGGGGAGGCUGCUACCACAGCGGCGGGUUUAAAGGUGGAGCUGGAACUCGACGACGCCGGAAGGGAGAUAUUGGAGGAAGGUAAACGCGCUUACAAGGCUUUUUCUAGGGAGAUUCGCGAGAUGAAGGAUAAGGCCAUCGCAGACCCCCUCCCUAAGACUCCUCCGCGCCAUUCGCGCUCUUUGCAGAAGUUGGUAGCGGAGGUGGUCCUUCCUGUGCCUAAGGAUAGUGGAAAGAAGCCAGCUGUGGUGCGAUCUAGCACGCGCAAGUCUGCUCCUCCACCAAUCAGUUGCGCGCGUUGCUCGCUUCUCACUGUCCUUUGUGAUGGCAAGCCUGGAAAGCGUUGCCCUCGUUGCGCGUCUGCCAAGAAGCCUUGUUCGUUUUCGCGCAAGAAGACUAAGAAGAAUGCUGCGCCUCGUAAGGCAGGAUCUGCGCCAGAUGCGUCUCUCCCUGCUGCGUCGGCCUCUGGCUCUAUUCGUCGCACCAUCUUGUCUGUUGCCCAAGACGCUAUGGACAUCACUACGUCUGGGUCUGGGGAGUCUGAGGUUGAGAACGACGCUGAGGAGAAGGAGGUGCCUAUUUGCGCCGUCAAGGCCUUGCCGUCCCGUGCCCUUAAGGUACAUAAGGGCAAGGGAAACGCGCCCAGUGUCCCUACUGAAGGCGCUGAAGAGGUUGAGGAUGAGGUAGAGCGCCUCAAGGCUGAGAAUCAACACCUCAAGAGCAUCAUCCUCUCGAUGCGCCAAAGCGGGCGCUCUCAACAGAGUCGCCUUAUCGCGUUGUCCCACCAGGCCUAUUCCAUGUCUACUGAACUGGUGCGUUUGGAUGAGGAACUCGCCUUCCUUGAUUAG